CCACUCUCUAACCAAAUAUUUCUCUUGUAAGAAAAGGAAGAGAGAGGAGCGAGGAGAGAGAAAGAAUGGUUAGCUCUGAGCUGUAACAUUUCGCCAUAGUUGCACGGUACGGACCUUCCGCUUCCAUAAUCCGUCGAGGACGAGACGACGGUGGACUGUCAGACUCCCUCUCUGCUUCAUCUCCCUUCCGUUUCUCCUCUCCCUCUGCCUUCCUUUCCUUAGCAUCAUCAUCAUCAGCGUCACUGCUCUCAUCAAUAGCAACUGAAAAUGGCGAAUCGGAAGGAAGAUGAGAAAAACGAGCGCAUAAUACGGGGCCUUCUCAAACUCCCCGAGAAUCGCCGAUGCAUCAACUGCAAUAGUCUGGGACCACAGUAUGUCUGCACCAGUUUCUGGACAUUCGUGUGCACAACAUGCAGUGGAAUACACCGCGAGUUCACACACCGUGUGAAAUCGGUAUCAAUGGCCAAAUUUACGUCACAGGAAGUUAGUUCACUCCAAGCAGGUGGAAAUCAGCGGGCGAAGGAAAUUUACUUCAAGGAAUGGGAUCCACAGCGUGCUGUACCUGACAGCAACAAUGUUGAGAGACUUCGAGAUUUCAUUAAGCAUGCUUACGUGGAUAGACGUUUUACUGGUGAUAGAGGCUCAGAUAGACCUCUGAGGGCAAAAACGGGUGAUAGGGACGAUUCAUACCAAGGAGGUUCUCGAAGCCCACCAUAUGAGGAUGUCUAUGAUCGUCGUUAUAGUGACAGGUCCAGCUCUGGUGGAAGAAGUCCCGCAUACGAUCAAGAAAGCCGGCAAUAUAAUGAUUAUAAGAAAAGUCCAGGUCGCCCAGAAGUUAUUAAUGACUGGCGUCGAGAGGACAGAUUUGGGAAUGGAAGGAAAUUUGAUGACCGCAGAAUCUCAGAUGGAGAAUCACGGGUGGGAGGAUCACCAGAAAGACCAAAAGAUCUAGAUACAUCCAGUCCACCUGUGGUACGACCAGUUAGAGAAAUAUUAGGGGAGAAUGUUGUGCCUCUUCGAAUUGCUGAACCUCCAAAAGCCAAUGGUACCCGUGCUGAUCCCCAAGCACAGACACAGAGAACUGCAUCUUCCAGUAGCUUGGGAUCCACUAGUGGGAGUGCAGCUGAAGUUAAAUUGGAGAGCUCUGCCAGCUUAAUUGAUUUUGAUGCUAAUCCUGGACCGCCUGCUGUGGCUCCUCCACAAGCGCAACGAGCUGUUCAAGCCACCCCCCAACCAACAAGUUCCACAACCGACAACAAUUGGGCGUCUUUUGAUGCUGUACCUGAAGUGAAAGUAUCUCAGCCACCUCCCUGUGUGAAUGCAUUGGAUAUUCUAUCGCAGCUGUCAGUUCCAGCUUCUGCUCCUGCUCCUGCUCAACAUUCAGUGGGAGCGAUUCCUCCAAGCAGCUCACCUAUUUUGCCCAUUGUUGGUGGUUCAACUGUUCCGCCUGUAGGAAAUUCAUCGACAGUGCAAUUGACUCCUGGUUUUACCACAGUAAUGCCAUCAAGUGGCUUGUCAAACUUUGCCCAAGGCAGUGGGUCAACAAUUGUUCCAGGAGCAAACCCCCUUUUGCCUCCUAAUGGUGGGAUUUCGUAUGGCAUGCAACCUCAGCAGCCUUCACUAUUCCCAGUUUCUGGUGUACAUUCCACGCAUCAAUCCACAAUCCAUGUUUCAGGUGCUCCUCACAGUCAGCCUUGGAAUGUAUCAGUCGCCCCCAAUCCACAGGGGCCCUUGACUUCAGUUCCUUCACAAGCACCUGUCUCAAAACCAUCUGAUGUGGUUGACGGUGCUAUGUCACAAAAUCCCUUGGCAGAAAUCAAAUCAAGUGCAAGAAGAGAAUUGCCUGCGGAUCUCUUUACUGCUUCAUAUUCACUCUAUCCUGCUCGUGUUCCAAUGUGGCAAGCUGGUCCUCCUUAUGGAUAUGGAUACAAUAUGCCGUAUAACCCUGCCAUGGUUUCUUUACAACCACAGCCAAUGCCAACGUAUCCUCCAGCAUCCAAAUCAGUGAACCCCUUUGAUGUAAAGGAACCCUCUCCAGCCCAAGCUUCAACGUUUCCUUCAAUGGCCUCACUAGGGGGUGCUCUACCCAAUGUGCCCCCAUCACCUGCAUUAUUGCAUGCCCCUGCUGCUGGUGUUCCUGCUGCAUCAUGGACCCCACCUCAGCCUUCAUCCUAUUUACCUUCAGUGCCUUCCCAAGCUCCAAAUUAUACAUCAACAUUACCUCCAGGUGCAUAUAUGGGACAGCAAAUGCCUGGUAGUAUGCCUCCCCCCAGGCCUCAAGGAAUUGGGGGUGGUUUCACAAAUCAGGCUGCCCCUGGUAGUCUUUCCACAACCUAUGCCCCACCAAAUCCUUCUUCAUCUGUCGGAGGAAACCCGUUCGGUUGAAAUUCUAAGUUGCGGAACCUCCAAAGUUUCAAUUUUUUGGGAUGGCAUCAUCUUGUUGCUCACUUGAAUGGUUCGUGGUGGGAAGUCUUGGUCUCUUAUCAUUUUAGAGAGAAUGAAGCAAAGCCAGAGGAUUCACUAGAUAAAAUUCUUUUGUGCCGGGAUAUAUCGUGUUAAAGGUGUAGGGAAUUGUUUGAUUCGCUCAGGAGAGAAACAGUAUAUGUAGUUGUCCGGGCAUGGUAAUUUAGAGUCUGUUUCUUUAGGAUCGCAAUCUUUCUUGCAUGGGUGGCUACCUGUAGAAUUUGUAUCAUUCCUCUUUUUGUUUCAUUUUGCUUUUUGUUUUUGUUUUUCAUAAUUGUAUAAUUCGUCCUCGGUUGUAAUGAUUUCUGCAGCAACUUAGUUAUGGUGGUGGAGAUAUUUUGUGUAAGUUGAGAGUUGAUGGCGAAGAUUUGUAAUCAUGUCACAGUGGAGCCAUAUUGUUCUGUUUAUAGAACUAUGAAGAUCGAGAUGAGUUUUGUAUUAGAAAUCUUCUGGUGAUGAAUUGUCUA